AUGAUUUGGGUACAGGCAGCUUUGGUCGCCUCCCUCCUGGCUUUCGCCAGCGCUGGAGGAGCCGUUCUCGAAUACACUGAUGGAAACUUCGAAGAUCUCAUCCAGACACAUGAUAUCGCCCUUGUAAAGUUCUACGCUCCAUGGUGCGGACAUUGUAAGAAGAUGGCUCCAGAAUACGAGAAGGCUGCUCCAAAGCUUGCUUCCAACGACCCACCAGUUGCCCUCAUUAAGGUCGAUUGUACCACCGAGAAGACCGUUUGCGAUAAAUUCGGAGUCAAGGGAUUCCCAACCUUGAAGAUCUUCCGCAACGGAUCCCCAGCUCAAGACUAUGAUGGACCACGUGAUGCUGACGGUAUCGUUAAGUUCAUGCGUGGACAAUCUGGACCAUCAUCCAAGGAAUUGAAGACUGUUGACGAGUUCGAGAAGUUCACUGGAGGAGACGAGAAUGUUGUUGUUGGAUUCUUCGAAAGCGAGAGCAAGCUGAAGGACUCAUUCCUCAAGGUUGCUGAUACUGAGCGUGAUCGUUUCGCUUUCGCUCACACUUCCAACAAGGACAUCAUCAAGAAGGCCGGAUACUCCGAUGACGUUGUUGUCUUUGUUCCAAAGAAGCUUCACAACAAGUUCGAUACCAAUGAGUUCAAGUACGACGGAAACUACGACACUGAUAAGAUUAAGAACUUCUUGGUCCACGAAACUGUUGGACUUGCUGGAAUUCGUACCCAAGGAAACUUGUUCCAAUUCGAGCAGAAGCCAAUCGUCAUUGUUUACUACAAUGUUGACUACGUCAAGGAUCCAAAGGGAUCAAACUACUGGCGUAAUCGUGUUCUCAAGGUUGCUCAAAACUACAAGAGAAAGGUUCAAUUCGCUGUUUCCAACAAGGAAGAAUUUUCUUCUGAAAUCGAGACUAACGGACUUGGAGAGCGCAAGGAUUCCGACAAACCAAUUGUUGCCGUCCUCACUAACGAAGGAAAGUUCCCAAUGGAUCAAGAAUUCAGCAUGGACAACCUCCAACAAUUUGUUGACGAAGUUCUCGCUGGAAAUGCUGAGCCAUACAUGAAGUCUGAGCCUAUCCCAGAUGAGCAAGGAGAUGUCAAGGUUGCUGUUGGAAAGAACUUCAAGCAACUUAUCAUGGAUGCUGACAAAGAUGUUCUCAUUGAGUUCUAUGCUCCGUGGUGCGGACACUGCAAAUCUUUGGCUCCAAAGUACGAGGAGCUCGCCCAAAAGCUCAACAAGGAAGAUGUGAUCAUUGCUAAGAUGGACGCCACCGCCAACGAUGUGCCACCACUUUUCGAAGUUAGAGGAUUCCCAACCCUCUUCUGGCUUCCAAAGAACGCAAAAUCGAACCCAAUCCCAUACAAUGGAGGACGUGAAGUGAAAGACUUUGUCAACUUCAUCUCGAAGCACUCAACUGAUGGACUCAAAGGAUUCAGCCGUGACGGAAAGAAGAAGAAGCACACCGAGCUGUAA